AUGGGUUCAUAAUGUUGUAAUGGAUAAACUAGAUCUCUUAAUAAUGAGAUAGUCAAUGACAGUAUCAAAAAUAGUUCUUUGUUUAAAUAAUCAAUUCACAGUCUUCCAUUCACAAAUCAAAUGUAAUGCAAUAAUGAUGAAAUAUUGGAGUUAAAAAAAGAAAAUUGCAUGGGACUUCCACUUAUAAGUGAAAAUGCAAGUUAAAUUGAUAAGGAAAAAUAACAAUUUGCACUCUCAUAAUUGACUGUUACUCAAGAUCCUAAAUCAAACAAUAAUUUAGGGAAUUCUUCAGAUCAAUAAAUUCAAGAAGGUUAUUGUUCAAAUCAAUCUCAAUCUACUCCUAUUAAAAGAAAGACUGUAACUUCUAUUGGCACUUUCAAAUUGGGAGCAGAUGUUUUUGUCAAUUUAAAAUAAGGUAGUAUUGGAAAAUUUUAUUCAACUGGAUCAACCUUAGGAGCAGGUGCUUAUGGAAAAGUAUGGAAAGUAACACAUAAAACAACAGGUAUAUACUUUAAUUCAUAAUUAUAAUAGGAUUAAUAAGAGCUAUGAAAUAGAUCAAGAAGUCUUCGUUAAUUCAUGAAGAAUAAUAAAGGUUGUUUGCUGAAAUGAAUAUACUCAAGAAUUUAGAUCAUCCACAUAUUGUUAAACUCUAUGAAUUAUAUUAAGAUUCUUAGAAUUACUAUUUAAUUACAGAGUAUUUGAGUGGAGGUGAACUAUUUGAAAGAAUAAAAGCUAUGACUAUUUUCAAUGAAAAAAAAGCAGCUGAGUAUAUGAGAUAAAUUCUCUCUGCUGUAAUGUAUUGCCAUGAAUAGAAGAUUGUUCAUAGAGAUUUAAAACCUGAAAAUAUAUUAUUGGUUAAUGAUUCCUCAAAUUCACCUUUAAAAAUUAUUGAUUUUGGAACUUCUAGAAAAUACGACCCUUCUAAAAAAAUGACAAAGAAACUUGGAACUGUAAGAAUUAAUUUGAUAAUAUUAUUUUAGCCUUAUUAUAUUGCUCCAGAAGUAUUAAAGUAGGAUUAUAAUGAAAAAUGUGAUAUUUGGUCAUGUGGAGUGAUUCUAUACAUUUUAUUAUGUGGAUAUCCUCCAUUCACAGGAAAAUCAGAAAAAGAAAUUAUGAAAAAGGUAGGAGAAGGUAAAUUUGAAUAUGAUGGUAAUUUCUCAUUUUUAUAUUAAGUGCAGCUGAUGAUUGGAGUUAAAUAUCGAAAGAAGCCAAAAAUCUAAUUAAUAGAAUGUUGCAUGUAAAUCCUAAUUACAGAAUAUCAGCUAAGUAGGCAUUGAAUGAUCCUUGGCUAUUGAAGAAUUGUUCAUAAACAAUUAUCAACAAUAAUGCCAAUCUGAAAGUUCUUUAAAAUCUCUAAAAAUUUUAAGUACUUUUCAACUAUCUAGAUAGGCCAAAUCAAUAUUUUCCUAAGCUGUAUUAUCAUACAUUGCAUUUUAAAUGACUAAUCAAUUAGAAUAAGAUGAAUUAUUAAAAACAUUCCAAAGUCUUGAUAAAAAUAAUGAUGGAAUAUUAUCUAAGGAGGAAUUGAUUGAAGGAUACAAUAUUAUUUAUUAAGAUAAAGAGAAAGCAGAGUAAGAAGUUAUUAAGAUAUUAUAAUUGAUAGAUUUAAAUCAAAGUGGUUAAGUUGAUUUUUCAGGUAUUAUAAUAAAAUUUUUAUAUUUAGAAUUUUUGAUGGCAGCUAUGAAUUAAGAAAAGUUAGUUUCUUUAUAGAAGGUCAAGGCAGCAUUUAAAGUGUUUGAUGCAAAUGAUGAUGGCAAGAUCUCUAAAUAAGAAUUAGAAUUAAUGAUAGGAACUUUGGAUUAAGAAUUAUGGGAAUAAAUUCUUGAAGAAUGCGAUGCUCAAGAAUAUAUAACAGAAAAAUAAUUUAUUAAUAUCUUACUUAAUUAAAAAAUUUGA